CUUGCCAAGUCAAUGCCAAGUUCAACGUUCAACCGCGACUGCAAAGUGGUGUCGCCUCGAUCCCCUCAACUUACUUAUAGCUUUGGUCGAAAUUUGUGCGAUUGCAGCAGUACGAUGCGAAUUCUCGAGUUCAGCUUAACAGUCCUCUAGAAUAAAUCCAUCACCGCGUCGCUAUCUACUCGGCUUAUAUUAGAUCGUUUGUGAGUGAGCAUUCGCUGCAUCUCCCGUUACCGGUCCUUGAAAAGGGUCAUGGGACUGUAUCCUACGUUCCCUCAUAUAUAUAUCGUUGUGAUAUCAUUCUCACCAUGACUAGGACUCAAAGAUUCCCCAUCAACACUGUCUGAAUAUUCUUGCGGUUCAGCCACAAAUACCUAAUGCCCAGAAAAGUUCUCAUUGGAUUUGGCGUAGAUGUUGAUGCUGUGGCUGGUUGGCUUGGGUCCUAUGGAGGAGAAGAUUCUCCGUUAGAUAUUUCACGAGGAAUGUAUGCGGGAGAAGUUGGAGUACCUCGCCUUCUGAAGCUGUUUGAUAAGUAUAAGAUUAAGACAACCUGGUUCAUCCCCGGACACAGCUUGGAGACAUUUCCAAUGCAAAUGGAAGCAGUUCGAGAUGCCGGUCAUGAAAUAGGUCUUCAUGGAUAUUCCCAUGAGAACCCUGUCUCUAUGACCCUGGAACAACAGCAGGACAUUUUGGACUACACCCACAAGCUUCUUACGGAUUUCAAUCACGGUGUUCCUCCGAAGGGCAGCGUCGCCCCUUGGUGGGAAACCAGCAAGGAGGGGACGACGCUGUUGUUAGAAAAGGGCAUUGAAUAUGAUCACUCCAACAUGUCCCAUGAUUCGCAGAUGUAUUAUCUUCGUGAUGAAGAUACGUGGACGAAGAUUGACUACCAGGCGCAAGCUCACACGUGGAUGAAGCCGCUACAAAGGGGCAAGGAAACAGGACUCGUCGAGAUUCCUGCUAACUGGUACCUUGACGAUCUUCCCCCGAUGAUGUUCAUUAAGUCGAGCUCAAACUCUCAUGGUUGGGUUAACACCCGAGAUGUCGAGCAACUUUGGAAAGACACUUUCACUUAUCUGUAUAGAGAAGAGGAAGAUUUCGUAUUCCCUCUCACGAUUCACCCAGAUGUCAGCGGUCGUCCACACGUGCUUCUCAUGCUGGAGCGUUUCAUUGAAUGGGUCAAUACCCACGAUCACGUACACUGGGUAACCUUACACGGGAUGGCUCAAGACUUUAGAGCCAGAAAAGAACCAGCACCAGGUGCCGUAAUGCCUAAGGGCUUCGCACAACGUCUGUGAAAUGCUGUACAUCGUGUUGUAGAAGACUUCUUCACGCGGAUGAAUAUUGAAUGACGCGAGUCAGUGUUCUAUCAACUUGGUUUGAUAAUCUACACGUGUAGAAGGCCCCAAGAGAUAUUACAUCAUGGAUCGUGGCAAAAGCGAGCUGCAAUCAUAAUACAAGAUCUCUUCUGCAGCCCUGGUCUUUCUAAAGAUAGGCUAUAUAAAGAGCCUGUUCUAGUCUCUUUUUCGCCAGAAGUACUAACCUAAUAAGAUGCCCCGCGAGAUCCUCAUAGGGUUUGGUGUUGAUGUGGAUGCUGUGGCUGGAUGGCUAGGCUCGUACGGUGGCGAGGACUCUCCCCUAGACAUAUCUCGCG